UCCUUCACCCCGUGUGGCUCCAAAGAGCAAGCCCCAAACAGUGGUGGGAGCACACGCUGUCUGCACUGCUGCUUUAUGCAACAUAGAGCACAAGGGAAAACGUACCCCCGGGUACUCCAGUAUCAGCGCCAUGGCAAGAUCUGCAAGGAUCACCGGGUUCAAUUCUGAUGCACAGCGCUGCCACUUUUCAUCUGUUUAUAAUUUUAUUGAAAACCUGCUGCGUUGACCAAAUGUGCCAGCUCCACCAGUCCCAACCUUCCGGAAGAAAGGAAAGUGAUAAGAGGUUUCACUGUCUCCUGUUUUCCCCCACUUCACCCCGGACUGCCCACAACCUCCCCUCGCCCCGCACUCCUCAGGCUUCAACCCUUGUUUUCAAGGCACUACACAAACGGAACCGACGGGGGAGCCGUGCGGUUUACGACUCUUGCACGAAUCUACGUAAGAUCGGCGUCCAGACCCGCUCAGCGAAACGCAGCCGAGCUGCCGCCACGGCCCGCAGAUAUGAAUUACUCCCAGUUCAUCACCACUGUGAGUGCAGCAAGAAAAGCAUCUCCGAUAAGACUUCUGACUGAACUGCUACAGAAGUCUCCACCAUCUCUCAUCUCUCUGGCUGGAGGGGCACCAAACCCUGAAGUUUUUCCAUUUAAGAGGGCUACUAUUGCCACUGGACAUGGAACUACUAUUGAGAUUGGGGAAGAUCUGAUGAAGAGAGCUCUCCAGUACUCGGCCUCAGCAGGGAUUCCAGAGCUGUUGUCUUGGCUAAAGAAUUUCCAGCAGAGUCUACAUAAUCCUCCCACAGCCAACUACACUCCUGAACAAGGGCAAAUGGAAGUGUGUGUCACAACCGGCAGCCAGGAGGGCUUGUGUAAAGUGUUUGAAAUGCUCAUUAAUCCUGGGGACAACAUCCUUUUGGAUGCACCUACAUACCCUGGGACACUAGCAGCUCUGAGACCUUUGGGUUGUAACAUAAUUAAUGUUCCUAGUGACCAACACGGCAUUAUUCCAAAAGCUCUAAAAGAAAUUCUGUCUGCUUGGAGCUCAGAAGAUGUAAAAACUCAUAGCCGCCACCUCCCCAAAUUCUUGUACACUAUUCCAAAUGGCUGCAACCCAACUGGAAACUCUCUGACCAGAGAGCGCAAAAAGGAGAUUUACCAGCUUGCAAGAAAAUAUGAUUUCCUCAUAAUAGAAGAUGAUCCUUACUAUUUUCUUCAAUUUGAAAAGCCAUGGGCUCCAACUUUCCUCUCAAUGGAUGUGGACGGACGAGUUAUUAGAACUGACUCUUUUUCUAAAGUCCUCUCAUCUGGGUUAAGAAUAGGUUUUCUGACAGGUCCCAAACCUCUUAUCGACAGAGUUGUUCUACACAUUCAGGUUUCAACAAUGCACACCAGCACUUUCACACAGAUUAUGAUAUCACAACUGCUUCAGCAAUGGGGAGAAAAGGGUUUCUUGGAGCACGUAGACAGAGUGGUGGAGUUCUACAGGACCCAGCGGAAUGCAAUGCUCAUUGCUGCUGACAAGUGGUUAAAAGACUUGGCAGAAUGGUACCCUCCUGCUGCUGGCAUGUUCUUAUGGAUCAAAAUUAAGGGUGUUUCUGAUACACAGCAGUUGAUCAUGGAAAAAGCUUUGCAGAAAGAAGUGUUACUGGUUCCUGGAGGAGCAUUCAAUAUUGAUAGCUCAGAACCUAGUCCGUAUGUCAGAGCCUCCUUCUCUCUGUCUUCUCCAGCCCAGAUGGAUCUUGCCUUCAAGAGACUGGCUGACCUUAUAAGAGAAGCUUUGUGAAAAAGCUAAACAGAGCUCUUGCAACAAUCAAAAUCAUCUCCAAAAAAUAGUAGUUAACAUUUGGAUUUCAUCAGAACACUUUAAAAGCAAGCACAAUACAGUGGAUGUUUCUUUUGAUCAUUUCAGCUAAAAAGACAAAAAAUGAAAGACUGAAAAAUAAUUUGCUUAUUUUUCGACAGAACAUUGCAUUCCUAAAUUUAUUCCAAUUCAGAAAUGUUUAAAACACUCAAAACCAGAAAUUUCCAUUUCCCAUCAAAUUCAUGGUUUUGUUAGAUUUGACUUUAUUUUUGUUCUGGCUUUUGUUUUCCAUUUGGGUUGGGAAACAGGGAAAUCAGUUACCUAGGAAGUUGCACCUGAGGUGAUCUUGGGGAUUAUCACUUGAUGACAACUGAUACAUUCCUCCAACACAUUAUGUUGGAAUUGGUUUUGUGUGCCACUUUCCUUCUUGACUUGCUGUAUGGCAUCAGUAUUUAAUUUUACUGAAGCUUUUUUUAAGAUAAAACUGAUGUAAGGAUGUUGAAGAAACAGAAACUGAUCCAGCAAAAUUAGGUUAUGAUUACAAAUGAAACUCUUUGGCCUAAGGUCCCUUGCAGUUUGCAUGGGUUUUGCAGCUCUUUUUCUAGUUUGUGAAAGGUUUUCUGGUUGCUGGCAUCCAUGUCAGUACUUGUGAUAGAAAAUCCCUGGUGUGCAAAUGCAUGUAGGGUAGAUGUGCUAAUAGAACUGCUCUGUGCUCUUAGUUCAUCAGAUGUGGUUUUGAACCAUGAGCAUAAGUAACUGAACAGGGGAUGUAGCAGAUGGACGAUAACCUGACACUGCCAGAUGUACAAAGCAAGCAGAAUGAAAAAAAUUAAGAAGUGUUUUGAUCUCUAACCCCUGGUCAUUGUGAUCAGAAACAUUUGAUACUUGGCAGCAUGUACAAAACUUUCAGUAAGUUUUAACUGUACAGAUUCUCCAUUUUGUUUGGUGACUUCAGUUUUAUUUACCGUUUCAUGAAAGUGCUGUAGUUUUCCACCAAUAGGAGAUGGUUGUUUCUUUACAUGCAAGUGUUCAGAAUUUUGAAGUGAAAAUACGUGUUCAAGCAUCCAGCCAAACCGUCGGCAGCUUGGGUGACCCAACCAAACAUGGGCCAGGUAAAACCUUGCUUAACUGGAAGUUUCACAAGAGUCAUGGUUUUAGUAGUAACAGUAUUUCAAUUACCUCUUCCCCCUUUAGUUAUAAAUAGCAUGUGUUAUAACAAACUAGCACAGAUACGUGCCUUCCCAGCAUGUAUCCUCAGGAUCAUUCCAGUGCCUUCAGCCAGUAUCACUGUUUAUCUCAAGCCUUUUAAUUUAGUAACACAUGUGAGCCAUCCCUGCUCUUUGCAGCAUAUCCAAGCUCAGUCAUUUCCCCUCUUCCCAGAUUACUGCCACUUUUAGUCAAGUCCACAUAAUUUUCGGAUUAAUUUUCUCUGACUUGGUAUCAGUACAUGAUGCCUUUCCUCUCAGACCCAUUCAAACUACUUCGUAUGGUCCCAGCUAGUUUGUCACUUCCUCCCUCCUUUUGCAAACAUGGGGCUGGGUCUGUUGCCCCACCACACCUCAUCUGCAACCCAACCUGCAUCUCCACAUUCCCCUCCAAGGUGCCCUGUCAGCAGCAGGGCUGGCGCUGCCACUGGCAGGUGAGCUGGUGCUGUGGACAAGACCAGCCCCACCAUGGAGCUGCACUGGGCCUGGGCAGCCAGGACCCACAGGGUGACGUGGUGUGGGGAGAGCCCGCAGUCCCCAUGUUGCUUUCAGGGCACCAACACUGUCUUUGAAGAUUAACUGGUCCCUUUUUACACUGUUUGAUGGUUCUAAGGAAAGGUCUAAAUUAGCAGUGUCCUCUGUGCAGUGCUGCUUAACACCAAGUUUUCAUGUUUCAACUCAGUUUCUUAACCACGUAUAGAAGUUUUGGAAGCUCUUCACUAUCAUCAGUAAAGCAAUUUUUAUUUUGGGCUCAAUUUAGAAAAUCAUUUUAUCCAACAGAAUGACUUGACAUGUCUGUUUAAUUAAUAUAUUUUUACACAGGAAUAAAUCUAAACAUCAUUUAAGACUGAUUUUAGUUCUCAGGCAAAUACUAUUGUCAUUGUCAAAUGCUAUUGUCAUAUUGUCAUUCAGCCAGACCUGAAUUAGUAAAACGUAUUCAAAAUAUAAUUAUUAAGCAAGCUUUAUAUUGCUGAUGUGUUGAAUAAUACAUCUCUUAACUUCCAGAGUUCUAAAUGUUAAUUUAGUUCAAUGUAAGCAAAAUGUAAUUGCAUCUGCUGCACGUUAGACGCUUUUGCUAUCAGCUAAUUUAAUUUAGAGAGAUUUUGUUUUUUUCCAUGACUGUAGUGAAGCAUCUAAAAUUAAUAUCCCGAACAAUGCAAACUGAACAAUGGCAGUGAAAUCUUAUAUGCACAUAGUGGUUCCCUGAACCUCCUAAAGCACAAUGUCUGGUCUCCUAGGACAGAGCAUUUGCUGUGAUUAAACGUUCCUGGAGGAACCUACUUCGAGACAAAAGGAAAAGGCUGGGCAACAUGUUCACAUAGGAAGAAAUGAUCUGGCAAAUUAAAGUUUAGUUUUCCCUUUCCGUUUCAUCCAUCUAAGACCAAAUAACCUCUCUCAUUCAUAGCUGGAUUUAAGCCAUGUGGUACAAGUGACACCAUCUGUCUUUGGGGAUGAGAGGACACAGGAAGGAAAGGACUUGGUGUGGUAGACACAUCCUGUGAUGGUACCAAGACAUGGGCAGCUGUGGGAGAGCUGACAGCAGUGCUGCAGAGCUGCCUCAGCUGGGUCUCCAGACUUGCUUCUGAGUGGCAAUUAACUGCCCUUUCUGGUGUACCUACACUUCAGUUCCACUGGAUUUUCAGGCUUUUGGUUGACAAAAAACACCUAGAAGUUCUGAACAAAUCACCACUGUACAUGACCCAAACAAUUCUGCCAUACAAGGGAUAUAACUCACAACCCAUCCUACAUACAUCAUGUGUGCCCAUGUUGUCGCACACAUUAAGAUUCACUGUGCAACGCAUCCCGCUUUUCCUUUGGGAAUGGUACAGGUGUAGCAGGGGGAGCAGAUUUUUUCCAGGAAGAAUGGAAAUAUUAACUUUAACUUCAUCUUCCACAUAAAAUACAUUUAGAAAUUUUAGGUCCACACAGGUCAUUGAUCUGAAAGAAAAUAUCCCUUCUUACUUCCAAAAAAGAGCCCUUCAGCACAGCUGUGAUUAAUGAAUUAUUGAGAAAAUAUAUAUAUAUGGGGAAUUCAUUAGAAGAGAGAAUGUAUAUGUAUAUAACAGUUACUACAUUAAGCUGGGUGCACACAUAGAAUUAUUUUGUCUAAUUGAAUGUCAGUUCCCCAAGCACCAGUGGUGGUGUCCAAGAAUUUAUAGCGGUUUUGAGGAAAAUACUUUAUUCAGUUUUGAGGGGGUUUCCCCUAAAUUCUAAAUGGAAGUUUCAUUUUAAACUUCAUUCUUUACAAAUAAUUUCCUUUGUGUGGAACCUUGUAUUUUAAAACCUUGUGGCCUACAGAUCUGCAGUACUUACAGUUCUGCAUUUACAAUCUGAAUUGUGAUACCCUGGGGUAAGUAUUUAAAAGAACUGCAUUGAGCUGUGCUGAUGUAUGCCCUAAUCUGUCUUGUUUUCUUUAUUAUUUAAUAACAUUUUCAUUCUUCCAACAUUGCUACCAGGAAUGCUGGUACCUCACUUUUCUCAUAAUGACUGUGGAAGCCAUUGUGUAGCCCUGCAAAGCUAGGAUAUUAUUAUGGGAGAAGUAUAAGGGUCUUGCUGAUUCUUUUCAAGAACAAAUAUCCCAGAAAUGUGUUAACAACUCUGACUGCUGCUGGAAGAUUCCACUCUAGCUGUACAGAAUUUGAAGAAUAUCUCAAAACUAUAUUUUCAUUUUAUUUUCAACUUACAUGAAAUCAGAUCUAGAUUGAUACAGCAAGUGAAUUUGCCAGGAUGUGACCUGGAAAAACUCAAUGUGAAGGUAUUUUGGUUUCUUGAGUUGUAUAGAACUUUGAAUUGUAUCUUUCUCUAUGUUUGGCUGAUGAUGAACUUUGGACCUAAAAGGUUCAAAAGAUCAAAAAUACUUUCCUAAAGAAAAUUGGGCAUUAACAGAGGUAGAAUACUAUUGGCCUGGCCCAAAAUUUUGGCUCCUGAAUGAUGUUUGCUGGAAUUUCUAACUAAAUCCAGCUUGUGAUGUCAGCCUUAAAACCCUCCUAGUAGAUGAUGUAAAGUACCAUUUUCAGCACAGUGCCAAGAACUGGAAGACAUGAUUUAAUAAGCGAAUAAACAAGUUCCUGCAUCUCUGAGAAAGACUGUUGCUGUCUUAAUACAGGCAUAGCCAGUGAAACUGUAAAUAUUUUAGGCAUUCCACAAACAUGAAGGAAAGUAGCAAAGGCCCUUUAGAAACACCUAAGAAAAGAAAUACUUUAUCAGAAACCUAAACCAAAAGAGAAUAACCACGGUACUUACAGAUGUGUUAUUUAGUGUCCAAGUUUUUCAUACCUUUUCUGCCCUAAGUAUUUAACCCACACUUUUGCAUCUCCGUGCAUCUUUUUUUUCAUCUGUUUUCCAUAUCUUUUUAAGGAUCUCUCUAAUAAUUCCCUCCACAAGACCCCCAGGUAACACAUUUUUUUCAAUAAUCAAAGCCAGUGAUUCUGGCCUAUUUAUUUUCCUUUAUUAAUUUGAUGACCUAAUAUCUUAUUACCUUCUGCACUUCUUGUAGGUCACAUCAUUUGUAAUGCCAUCUGUAAUUAAUCUCUGUGUGGUGGAAAGUUUUUCAUUUAAAGCAACCAGUAUCACUCUAGGAGACCACCAUUGACUUUGGGGAGAUGGAUCUCUGAAGGGUAACUAUCAGGAACACAAUGUUGCCUAUAUCUUCAAGUAACAGCAGUUAUACCAAAUGAGUAAGAAUAUUAUUCUUAAUUGGCAUAAUAAAAUUUUUCCCAUUUUUUAUCUUUCUUA